AUGAGCCAGAACUCUUCACAGCUGGCAUCGAGUCCGGAUACAAAUUACAGUGAUAACGACGAUGACGGUAUCCUGUCUUCAUACCAGGGCGAGAAGCAGAAUCAUGAUCCAUCACUUCAACCGCAACUCCAGUAUCAAGCCGUGCCGUUCGAUCCGGAAGAUAUGCCUCUCUGGCAGCCCAAGAAACGAACACUCACCUUGAACUCGCACGAGCAUUUCCUCGUCGCAGCCAAACAGCACCGCGAAGUGCAUCAGAACUUGGAGAUGCAAAGAAAGCGUAGUGAGUCUGUUGCGACAGACGAUUCGCACGCCACACUGGCUGAGGAUGCUUCUACGACAGACCAGGCUGAUGAUAUGGAUCUCAAAACCCCAACUGUAGCUGGACUGAAACUUCCGAACGAGACUGAAGACCAGCUUGUCAGUGAUCCCAGCCCUUCGAUCGAGACGGCUGGUCCUAUGUCCGACCUUCUCCGCUCCAUCCUCAUCCGCGUCGUCGACGUUGAACGGUCUCACCCGACAAUCAUGUCCAACGACUAUGACGAACUCCAAACCCGCCUCACCGAGCUUGAACGUGAGAAUCAAAACAUCCUCAGAAACCACGCUGAUCUGCUGUCCCUCCGCAAUGAGGAUCUCUCCAACCUGAUUAAAGUGAGGGAUAUGCUGGCCGAAGAAAGACGAGGACAUGCCGCCAUGAAAAAACUGAGAGAUGAAGACUUGGAAAACGUCUUGAUGUUGAGGGGGAAGCUUGCCAAAGCAACCUGGGCUGGGAGAUUGCAAACCUCGCAACCACAGGACCGACGUUCCAUCCUGGGAGGUGGGUCCAUCACGCCCACGCUACAGAGAACCUCACGGCCCGAAUCAGAUGAUCUCUGGCAACAAGCCCGUACUGCUGCAAUGGAGCAACGUGUAUUGGAGCUUGAGAAGGCAAAUACCGAGUUGCGGACUCGUUCUAUAACAGCGCCAAGCGUUGGUACCCUUCCAGUGGCCCAUGGUGCAACGGGAGGCGAUUUGCCGUGGAGUCGAGUUGAAGCCAUGUUCGAAGAUAGCCUGAAACAUCGCGAGAAGAUGGCGACCAAGGUCCAGCAGUUACGGUCAGAAAAGGAAGCACUACAAAAAGAGGUGGCAACGCUGGAAGACCGGAACGCCGAGCUGGAAGCACUCGUCGAGAGGCUGAAGAGGGGGUUCAGUGCUGUGCAUUGA